AUAUAUAAUGACAAAACCCCGAAAUUGUUAGACAAAUGCGACGAAAAAAUUAAAAUGUCUAAAAUAUCUCAACUGGCAAAAUUCGUAUCAUCCUUUCAGGGACUUACAGUUUUAUUUUUAAUUUCCGGUAUCUUUUUAUUGUUGAAAUAUGCUAUUAAAAGAAGGAGAUAUUCGCAUCUUAUACCAUCCAGAAAUAAACGGUUUAUUGAUGUUUGGGGUGAUUUUAAUAUUUUUCCUAGGACAGCGUUUUACGAGGCUGCAGGUUUGUCUUUGACAGCAGUUAUAUUACAGUAUUUAAAUGGAUUGUUUCAUUUGUACAAAAAUGAAGUUUUGUUUUCUAUCUGGAUUGGUUACACUCCUUUCAUAUGUCUGAAUAAACCUGAAGCUGUUGAGGAGGUUUUGGGAGGAAGAAAGAUUAACGAAAAGGCAUGGUUCUACGACUGGCUUCAUUGUUGGCUAGGAACUGGACUCUUAACAAGUCAUGGUCAGAAAUGGAAAUCUAGAAGGCGAUUGUUGACACCAGCUUUUCAUUUUGACAUACUGAAAGAUUUCUUGCCAGUUAUAAACGAAAGAUCGAGACUAUUGGUAAAAAUAUUGGAGGAAGAAACUACUAAAGACUAUACCAGCAUUGUUUCUCCAAUAACACUUUGUAGCCUAGAUAUCAUAUGUCAAACAACUUUAGGCGUUGACAUAAAUUGCCAAGAAAACAAGGAGUCUGAGUAUGUCAAGGCUGUUGUGAAAGUUUCCGAUGUUGUGACAAAAAGAAUUACGAAUAUGUUCAGUUGGUUUGAUUUUACUUUCUUCUUAAUUGAAGGAAGAGGAAUUAAAAAAGAUUUGAAACUGCUUCAUGAUUUUACUAUGUCUGUGAUCAGAGAAAAGAAAAGGCAGAUGCUGAGUAGCAGUAAUAAUGAUUCUACAAAGAAGAGAAAAGCUCUGAUGGACUUGUUGUUGCAGCACCAUAUCGAGACCAAAGAACUUUCGGAGGAAGACAUCAGGGAGGAAGUGGACACAUUCGCUUUUGAGGGUCAUGAUACUACUUCCAUGGCGAUGAGUUGGACUCUAUAUUUCAUUGGCCUCUAUAAAGAUGUUCAAGAGAAAAUUCACGAGGAACUUGACGAAAUAUUUGGUGAAGACAGAGACAGGGAAAUCACCACAGACGAUUUGAGAGACAUGAAUUAUUUAGAUUGCGUCUUGAAGGAAUCUCUGAGACUCUGUCCAUCAGUUCCUGUGAUUGCGAGAAAAGCAAAUACAGAAACGAACAUAUGUGGUUAUCAGAUUCCAAAAGGUGCUUCACUUGUCAUGAUGCCUUACAACUUGCACCGGAAUGAAGAAAUAUAUCCGAAUCCGGAAGUGUUUGAUCCCAACCGUUUCACUCCAGAAAACUCAGCAAAUCGUCACCCCUACGCGUACAUUCCCUUUUCUGCCGGAUCAAGGAAUUGCAUUGGUCAACGAUUUGCAAUAAUGGAAGAAAAAGUAAUUUUAGCAAAUUUAUUAAGAAAUUACAAGUUGGAGUCACUGGAUCCUAGGGACAAAAUGAUAACCUCAAUUGAACUCAUAUUACGAUCCACUAAGGACAUACGAAUAAAAAUUCGACCAAGAUAAUUUGGAUGGACUGGUCAUUCUUGGUCAAAAUAAUUAUAAUCUUUUAUCAACUGCUUUUUGCAUGUUUUUAUUUUUUUUUUUAGAAAUAUUUUAAACGUAUGCUUUAACUGAAUGUUCCGUAAUCACCACCUUUACUUUUGAUAUAAAUAUAUAGAACCAUU